AUGGGGAGGCAGGAGAAAGCAAGAAUCACCCUGAGCUACAGACUUAUCUUCCCAACCCUGAUCUCAAGCACCAUCGAGCAGGCCGUCAAUGAGAUCCGCCUGGUCGUCAUGCCCAGCGAGGACGGGGAGGUGCAGAGCGUGUGGCUGCUGACAGAGAUUGAUCACUGGAAUAAUGAAAAGGAGCGCCUGGUUCUUAUCACCGACUGGUCUCUUCUGAUCUGUAAAUAUGACUUCAUCAACCUGCAGUGUGAGCAAGUGACUAGAAUAUCGCUUAAUGCAGUUGAUACAAUUUCUGUUGGAGAAUUUGAGUUCCCACCUAAAUCACUGAAUAAGCGAGAAGGUAUUGGUAUUCGAAUUCAAUGGGAUAAGCAAAGCCGUGCCUCCUUCAUAAACAGAUGGAAUCCAUGGUCCAAAAACGUGCCGUAUGCUACUUUUACGGAACAUCCAAUGGCAGAUGCUGAUGAGAAGAUUGCAUCACUUUGCCAAUUGGAAAACUUUAAGACUCAAUUAAUCCAAGCAGUGAAGAAAGCCCAUAAAGAGUGUCCACUGCCAGGAAGAGCUAAUGGAGUACUAGUCCUGGAGCGGCCUCUUCUCAUUGAAACUUAUGUGGGAUUGAUGUCCUUCAUCAACAAUGAAGCCAAACUUGGCUAUUCCAUGACAAGAGGCAAAAUUGGAUUUUAAAUUCACAGUAUUUAAUCUAUGCCAAGGAGAAUUGAUUUCAAGCUAGUAUCAAGGUGGGAGUUUACCAUGUAGCAGAUUACUCCAGGGCAACAAAAGAAAAAAGCAUAUAAACAGAAAAGGGAUUGGCUAGCUGUAAAAUGAGCAGUUAACAGAAAUCACUUUGCUGUUAUAAAGGUUACUAGAAUCUUCAGUCAAAUAGACCUCAGGUGGUCACAA